AUGAGGAAAGGCUGGUAUCUUCACCACCAUGGAGCUAAAAGGGUUAUCAUCUCUGCCGACGCUUCCAUGUUUAUGAUGGGUUUGAACCAUGUGAUGGGUUUGAACCAAAUGAUUGUCAGCAAUGCUUCCUGCACCAAGAACUGCUUAGCCCCCCUGACCAAGGCCAUCCAUGACAACUUUGGCAUCAAGGAAGGACUCAUGACCACAGUCCAUGCCAUCACUGCUAUCCAGAAGACUUGGAUGGCCCCUCUGGAAAUCUGUGGCGUGAUGACCGUGGGCUGGCCAGAACAUUAUCCCUGUAUCCACUGGUGCCAAGGCUGUGGGCAAGGUCAUCUGGAGCUGAACCAGAAGCUCACUGGCAUGGCCUUCCAUGUUCCUACCACCAACGUGUCCAUCAUGGAUCUCACAUGCCUACUGGAGAAAACCACCAAGUAUGAUGACAUCAAAAAGGUGGUGAAGCAGCCAUCUGAGGGCCCACUGAAGGGCAUGGUUGGUUACACUGAGGACGGGGCUGUCUCCUGUGACUUUAACAGUGAAUUCCACUCUUCCAUCUAUGAUGCUGGCACUGGCGAUACUCUCAAUGACAACUUUCUAAAGCUCAUUUCCUGGUGUGACAAUGAAUACAGCUAUAGCAACAGUGUGAUGGACCUCAUGGCCUCCAAGGAGUAA